CCUUCUCCUCUGAUCCCCACCCGUUUCUAUAAAUUCCUAAACAAAGACCACACCACACCACACUCACACUCAUUUGUUUGUUUACUCUGAAGCGGUGCUCUGAGUAUAGAUCACAUAGAAAAAUGGUGAAAGCAGUGGCUGUCCUUAGCAGCAGUGAAGGUGUUAGUGGAACUGUUUUCUUCACUCAAGAGGGAGAUGGCCCAACUACAGUGACGGGCAACAUUUCUGGUCUUAAGCCUGGCCUCCAUGGGUUCCAUGUUCAUGCCCUAGGGGACACAACAAAUGGUUGCAUGUCAACAGGACCUCACUUCAAUCCUGCUGGAAAAGAGCAUGGUGCUCCUGAAGAUGUGAAUCGCCAUGCUGGUGAUCUAGGAAAUGUCACUGUUGGUGCUGAUGGCUCUGCGAGUUUCUCUAUUGUCGACAAACAGAUUCCUCUCUCCGGGCCACACUCCAUUAUUGGAAGAGCGGUCGUUGUCCAUGCUGAUCCGGAUGACCUUGGCAAGGGGGGGCACGAGCUUAGCAAAAGCACCGGAAAUGCUGGUGGUAGAGUAGCUUGCGGUAUUAUUGGUCUGCAAGGGUGAAAUUUUGGUCCUGGUGAGCGGAAUAAUACAUUGAGUGGAGAUGCAAUGGCCUAGGAGCAAACUCUGUAUGUGAACUAGGAAGUUUGUGAAUAAAAGUAAUAGAACCCUUGUUUUGUUUUGGUUUUCAGACUUAAAGGAGUGUGGUCUCUUAACGGAUGCUUUAACCAUUUAUAGUAAGCUGUCUUUUGCUGAAUGCUUAA